AUGGAGGGACCCCAAGAGUUUGCGAGCGAGACAUUCCGGCUCCGCUGCGCCCCGGCCGCCUCGCCCCGGACCAGCCUCCUGCUCCUCCGGCUCAACGAGGCGACGCUGCGGGCUCUGCACGACUGUCACGGGCAGCAGGUCCGGCCGGUGAUCGCUUUCCAAGGCGACCGAGGGUAUCUGAGGCUCCCGGGGCCCGGCUGGUCCUGCCUUCUGUCCUUCGUACUGUCCCCGAGUGGCCAAGAGCUUGGCAGUGGCAGCCUGGAGCUCAUCUGCCAACGCUUAGGCAGAUCUGCACCUAACCUCCUCCACUGCCUGGGCCCACUCAAAGAGCACCUCACUAUUUGGGCAGCUACGGAUUCUACAUCUUCAUAUCCUGGAAACCACCUGCUUGAUGACAGAACUCGGGAGAGUUGGCCCAACACAGCAACAGACUACACUGAAGGAGCUGCUGCCGUGUCACAGGUGCAGAUGGCGCUAGAAGAGGCACCGGAUCCCUUGGCAAACAGCCAAAGACAGUCACUCCCAGGAUCCUCCAGGGAACCUACCGCCCAGUGGGAAGUGAGGAAUCAGACCCUUCUUCCCAACAGAGAUCCUGAUCAGAUACUGCCUUCUUCCACCAGCCAUAAACACCUAGACAAGAAACGUCCAGCAACAGCAGCAGCUCUAGACCGGAAAGAAAAAAGACUCAGAACUUUGCCUUCAGCAUCAAGUCCCCUACAUGGUCUGUCCAGUGAAGGCCUACAAGAGGAAGAAGACUGGGAAGAAGACAAAGAUGAAGACAUGGGUCCCAGGCUGGGACACAGUCCCUCAGCUCAAGCAGACUCUGAAUCCCCAAGUCCAGAAGAGGUACCAGAUUACCUCCUGCAAUACAGAGCCAUCCGCAAUGCAGAGCAGCAACAGGCUUAUGAACAAGACUUUGAGACAGAUUAUGCCGAGUACCGCAUCCUGCAUGCUCGGGUUGGGGCUGCAAGCCAAAGAUUUGUAGAACUGGGAGCAGAGAUCAAGAGAGUUCAGCGAGGAACUCCAGAACACAAGGUGCUGGAAGAAAAGAUAUUGCAGGAAUAUAAAAAGUUCAGGAAGAGAUACCCAAGUUACAGAGAAGAAAAGCAUCGUUGUGAGUACCUUCAUCAGAAAUUAUCCCACAUUAAAGGACUCAUCCUAGAGUUUGAGGAAAAGAACAGGGGCAGCUGACGUGUUCUUGCCAUAGUGAGAUUAUGAGGAAAAGCAGCAAUAAACUAGAGUGCAGUUGUUCUUGUGGCUAAGUUCAGGGUGUCGAGUUGUAAAGCUGCUUCAGGUUCUAAUGGUUUCAUUGUUGCCAUAAUUUUUAGGGUGUAGGGGCAGUGCUAAUUCUCCUAGGAUUUGUGAGUAUGCAGGUCCUUCUGGGAUCAGAUUUGGAAA